GGACGCCGCCGCUGCCGUCGCUGCAAAAGGUAAAGCAGUGGUUGGAAAGGGCCGUCGUCCACUGCAGGCAUGCGUAAACAGCAAACGAAGCCGUCUCGCCAUUGAAGGAGCACCUGCACCGAAGACUCCUCCUUCCUCCAUCCUUCAGAAGUUUAAAUCAAUUGG